GCACUGAAGAGAUCUCCCUCUUUCCUCCUUCAAAAUCCCCCCCUUUUUCCAUUUCCAUUUCCAUUUUUCUUCUUUCCCAUUCCUUUCUCUCCCUAUAUCUCCAAACAAUCUACGCUAAUAAAAUAAGAGUAUUUAGUUAGAGAUAGAGGAUUAAUUUUCUGGUGAUAAUGGGGGCGUAUAGAGCGGACGACGAUUACGAUUACUUGUUCAAGGUGGUUCUGAUCGGCGAUUCCGGCGUCGGAAAAUCCAAUUUGCUGUCGAGAUUUACUCGCAAUGAGUUCAGUCUCGAGUCCAAAUCCACCAUCGGCGUUGAAUUCGCCACCCGCAGCAUCCGCGUCGAUGAUAAAGUCGUUAAGGCUCAGAUUUGGGACACUGCUGGUCAAGAGAGGUAUCGUGCAAUCACAAGUGCCUACUAUCGUGGUGCUGUUGGAGCAUUGUUAGUCUACGAUGUCACUCGUCAUGUUACAUUUGAAAAUGUUGAGAGAUGGUUAAAGGAGCUUCGGGAUCACACAGAUUCGAACAUUGUCAUUAUGCUUGUGGGAAACAAGGCAGAUUUGCGCCACCUAAGGGCUGUUUCCACGGAGGAUGCAAAGGCAUUUGCUGAAAGGGAAAACACAUUUUUUAUGGAAACCUCUGCUCUGGAAUCUAUGAAUGUGGAAAAUGCCUUCACGGAGGUGCUAACUCAGAUAUAUCGAGUUGUCAGCAGGAAAGCUCUUGAGGUUGGAGAGGAUCCAGCAGCACUGCCUAAAGGACAGACAAUUAAUGUUGGCACUAAGGAUGAUGUUUCAGCUGUAAAAAAGGUUGGAUGCUGCUCUGCUUAGAUAGAUAAAUCCAGUGGAGGAAAAUGGCGGCAUUUUUUUAGUUCUGAUACCCAUGUGGCUAAGUAAUAUUUCCUCGACAAGUGUUGAAUCAUUUAGAUCUUUCAUGACGAAGAUUUUUUCUUCAGUACCAUAUGUUUUCUACUUAGCCUUUGUUAGCAUAUUAUGUAAGAGAGUCUACAGCUAUCCCAUGUUUGGCAGUACCACCAAGAGCUAGGGUCUCAGUGAUUUCCUCGUUUUGUCGGCAUUGCUCUCAUUUAUUGCUUUUCCACAAUGUAUUACUAAUUAGCUCGAAUAUUUUAGGAUUCCUUAGGUUGGAGUGUACUUUGAUUGCUCAAGAUUUGAAUUAAGGUGCGGAUUACGACAUGAUUGUCUCUGCUUGUAUCUUAUUGUUUCAUUAUUUGUUCAUUUUGGAUGGAUCAAAAGGAGUAAUUAUUUCCACAAUGUGGAUGAGAAAUAUAUUGCAAUAGUCGGCUUUUAUUA